AUUGGUACGAGGAUCGAAAUCUUAAUAGAAAAUUAAUCAUGGCCCAGGAAAAAGUAAUUCUGGUUACUGGUGGUUCCGGACUUGUCGGUAAAGCCAUCGAAUGGGUGAUCGAAAAUGAUACGGGGAGGUUUGGGAGAAAGGAGGGAGAAAAAUGGAUCUUUCUCACUAGCAAAGAAGGGGACCUAAGGUCGGUUGAGGCUACACGCGCUAUCUUUGAUAAGUAUAAGCCGACUCAUGUGAUACAUUUGGCGGCUUUAGUUGGAGGACUUUUUAAAAACAUGAAAUAUAAAUUAGACUUCUUAAGAGAUAAUUUAUUGAUUAAUGACAAUGUCCUUCACACUGCCCAUGAACACAAGGUUCAAAAAGUUGUAUCGUGCCUAUCUACAUGCGUUUUUCCUGACAAAACCACUUAUCCAAUUGAUGAGACUAUGAUUCAUAAUGGACCUCCGCAUGAGUCCAAUUUCGGCUAUGCCUACGCAAAACGCUUGAUCGACACUCAAAACAAAGCAUAUCACGAUCAAUUUGGGGAUCAUUUCACUUCUGUCAUCCCAACCAACGUGUUCGGUCCUCAUGAUAAUUAUGAUUUACAAGAUUCGCACGUCAUUCCAGGAUUACUUCACAAGUGUUAUCUUGCUAAAAGCAUGUAUUUACCGUUAAUAUCAUUAUUCAAUCAAAAUGGAACGCCAUUUGUCGUCGCCGGUUCUGGUAAACCACUUCGUCAAUUCAUAUAUUCACGCGAUCUAGCAAAAUUGUUUAUCUGGGUGCUGAGGGAAUACAACGAAAUUGAUCCGAUCAUAUUAUCAGUGGGCGAAAAAGAUGAAGUUUCCAUUAAAGAUGUGGCUGAUUCCAUUGUUAAGGCUUUGAACUUUGAGGGAAACUACUCCUUUGAUACUUCUAAAGCUGACGGCCAGUAUAAAAAAACAGCUAGCAAUGAAAAAUUGUUGAGAUAUCUUCCGGACUUUAAGUUUACUCCAUUUGACGUUGCCAUAAAAGAAUCUGCCGAUUGGUUUAUUGAAAAUUAUAACACUGCUCGUACAGGCCAUCAUUGA